UUAUCAACAUCGAAAACAACAACAACAACCAAAGAAAUCAUCAUCAUCAUCAUCAUCAAUGAUGAAAAAUAAUUCCAAACAUUCACAACAAUUAUCAGCAUCAAAAUUAUUAAAACAAUUAGAUCCGAAUGCAAUAUAUAAUAGUUCGGUUAUUAGUCAUAAUAAUAAUAAUAUCUAUGAAAGUGGUAAACAUCGAAGUCCAUCAAAUCGUAUGAUGAUGAUGAUGAUGAUGAAUGGUCAUAAUCAUCAUCAUCCUCAUCAACAUCAUCGAUCAUCAUCAAGACGUCAUCAACAUUCAUCUGGUUAUUCAGGUGUUGGUUAUAGUGGUCCAACAGCAGCAACAUCAACAACAACAACAACAGCAGCAGCAGCAGCCGAUAGUAGUGGACAUUCAUCAGCAAGUCAAGAUAGUAAUAAUAAUAUGAAACAGAUGAAAAUUUCGGAUGAAAAAUUUAAAAUUGAUACAAUGCUUACCCAUAAUCAACAUCAACAACAUCAUCAUCAUCAUGGAAAGAAUCAAAGCCAAUCAUUACCACGUGUUCCUCAUCAUCAUCAUCAUAAUGGUAGUAGUAGUGAUGUUGAACGUACACGUCGUGAAAGAUCAAAAUUACAUUCAACAUUAUCAAGCGAUUAUAUACAUUAUCGUUCACCAUCACCACCAUCGAAAUCAACGAUUGAAGAUCCAAUAAUGAAACAAAAAUCAAAUAAAUUUACAAAUCAACCAUUCAAUAAUCCAUAUCGUUCAUUAUCAUCGAAAACAAAUUCAGUGAAAACAACAACAACAACAACAACAGCAACAAUAAUUCCCGAUUCUAAAUAUACAACAUCAACACAAAUACGAUCACCAGCAAUGCCUAGAAGUGCAUUGUAUUCAAUGAAUACAACAACAACGACUACGUCGACGACGCAACCAAAUUAUCGAUCCUAUCUAACAUCAUCAUCUACACGGUUUACACCAACAAAAACACAAUAUGAUUCAACGACAACAACCACAACAAUCAUGACAAGUCCAACAACAAUAACAUCACGAUUAUAUUCAUCAUCACCAAGUAUUGUACCAACAACUAAAGUGACAAACAUUCAAAUGAUCGAUGAUGAUGUUUCAAAAACAACAUUGACAACAACACCACCACCACCACCAUCAUCAUUAUCAUAUCGUUCUGGUGGUAGAUUAUUUGGAUCAUCAUCAUCUGCAUAUUAUCCAUCGAAAUAUGUGGAUAAUAACAUUAUUACAACAGCUAUAUCAUCGUCUACUAUUACGACAACAACAACAACAACAAUUCCAAAUACAAAUCUAAGUCAAACAAGAAAUUUAUUCUCAACAUAUACAUCACCAUAUACAAGUCAAUUAUCAACAUCAUCAUCAUCAAUACCAACAACAUAUAGAUCAUAUAUCGAUCAUCAACAACCAAUAGCAACAACAACAACAACUAGUUAUUCGACAAUCAAAUCACCAACACCAUCACCAACAAAUGAUUUGAUGAUGAAAAAACAACAACAAAAAGAUUAUCAUCAUUCAUUUCAAUGGUCAAUUUCACCAUCACCAUCAUCAUUACGAACACCUACACCACCAACAACAACAAAUGAUGACAAAUAUCGAUUUAUUCAUUCAACCACAACAACACCAACAACAACGACAUCAACAUUGACGACAACAACAACGAGUGGACCAUCAUCAUCAUCUGUAAAUUUAUUUGCAAGAGUUUAUCCAAAAACAUAUGAAGAAUAUGUCAAAUCUUAUCGUUAUCCUGAAUCAUCAUCAUCAUCUUGGAGACAACAACAACAAAAACAGCAGCCACAACCAACUAGUAAUGAUACAAUGAUUACAAUUGAUCAAACAUCAACAUCAUCAACAACAUCAAUACCACAAAAUGAAAAUGUAUUUGUCGUGACUGGUUAUAAUCGUACAGAUAAAAAUAUGACAGAUCCUUCAUCAACAUCAAAGACAAUAAUGAAAACAAUGACAACGACCAAACAACGUGAAGAAAAUGAACAACAAAAACGAAUGAUAUUCUAUAAACAUCAGACAUUAUUCCAUGAUACAUAAUCCAUACACAUUUUGGAUGAAACACAACUAAAAUCGUUAAGAAGAUUAAUAAAAAGUUUUAAAAUGAAUGAAGAAUAUUUCCACUGAAAGCCAACUGAAAACAAUAACCUUGAAUGAUGUUGAUGUCUUUUGUUCGUCGUUUGUCAUAGACAUUUUUUUUGUUGUUGUUGUUCACAAUUGGAAUUUUAAACAAACAACA